UCCAUCCGAAAACCAGUUCUGGAACCAUACUUUUUACUUGUUUUAUCUGAUCAAUUCCCAGUCCUCUUUAAUCUUCCCAUAAACCCCACUUAAACAUCGAAUAUACAGGGAAAAUAUAGUUUUAAACCAAGUUUAAUCAAGUGAGAUUUGGAAGCUGUCAACAGAAAUUUAACGAGAAACCCACUUCUAGAUCUAGUAUUUCGAUUCUAAAUAUACCCAUUUGAAUAAACUCCUCCUUUUGUUAGAUCCAAUUUUGAUUCAGAAACGACUAGUUUCGUGUUCGUGGAUUCGGGUGUAGAUCUUGAGUGGAUUUUGGUGUGAGAUUGGAUAUCGGGUCGAAAUAUUGGGUACCCAUUUCGGGAAAUCGCUGCUCUGAUUUGAAUUUGUCCCUUUGAUGUGAUUUGCCAUUGUUGUAGAGUUGAGUUUAAAUUAAUUUUGGGUUCCUUUUAUUUUCCUUCUUAAUUUUAUUUGUUGGUCCUGAGAAAAUAAAAGAGCGAGAAAAAUGUUUCGGAGAGAACGCGAGAGGGAAAUCAAAGAGCUCAAUGGAGGGCCUCCUUGUGGGCAGGUUAGAGUUCUUGUUGUUGGUGAUCCAGGUGUGGGGAAAACUUCUCUUGUUCAUCUGAUUGUCAAAGGCACUUCCACUUCUUGCCCUCCUCAAACUAUUGGAUGUACAGUUGGUGUGAAGCAUACCACAUAUGGGAGCCCUGGUAGCUCUUCAGGUAGCUUGAAAGGGGAUGCUGAGAGAGAUUUCUUCAUCGAACUCUGGGAUGUGUCCGGACACGAGCGAUACAAAGAUUGCCGGUCUCUUUUUUAUUCACAAAUUAAUGGUGUUAUUUUUGUUCAUGAUCUUUCCCAAAGGAGAACAAAAACAAGCCUGCAGCAGUGGGCAGCUGAGAUAGCGACUAAUGGGACAUUUUCAGCUCCCCUAAGUUCUGGAGGUCCAGCAGGACUUCCUGUCCCAUAUAUUGUUAUAGGUAACAAAGCUGACAUUGCUGCUAAAGAGGGUACAAGAGGUAGCAGUGGAAAUCUGGUUGAUGUAGCUCUUCAAUGGGUCGAGAAGCAGGGUUUACUUCCAUCUAGUGAGGAGCUUCCGCUGACUGAGAGUUUUCCUGGUAGUGGAGGCCUUAUCGCUGCAGCCAAAGAGGCAAGAUACGACAAGGAAGGCUUAAUGAGAUUUUUCCGAAUGUUGAUCAAGAGACGAUAUUUUUCAGACGACUUAUCAACCCCAAAUACAUGGUCCAUAACUCCUGCUCCGAGAACUUCUCAACGUUUAGAUGAGAGUUCCGGUGAUGAUUAUCAGUUAUACAAGCGAACAAGUUUGAGCAGCGACCCUUACAAGUACAACAUGCUUCCACCCUUACCGGCGCAGCGCAAUCUAACUCCACCUCCCACACUUUACCCUCAACAGCCGGUUUCAGCAACUGAGAAUUACAACAUCCCACGGUUUUCCUUUAACGGCUCCCAAGAAGUCAACGGCAGUGCCAGGUCAAAGCGAGCCGAUAUUAAUGUCUAAUGUAAUACUGUUUGCAGUGUUUGCUAUAUCAUUCUUUGCUCCCGUUACGCUUGUGUAAUUGGCAUGCCAAUUCUUUCAUAUCCGUUGCUUCCCUCCGAAAAGAUAUUUUAUUUCACAGGCCCUCCGUUUCUGGGGUU